CGUCUCUACUGCUGCUGCUGAUGAUGAUGGAGGAGGUGAUGGGAGCGCUUUAGGAGGAGCUGCGCCUCCAGCCCUUCACUCUGCCAACGACGACCAGCGUGCGCUUCGCAUGAGCGAGACGUGAAGUAGCGCGAGGCUCGAGUCUCGGUUCCUCGGUUCCUUUCCCCCCUUUCCUCCUCUUUUUCCUCUUCUCCUUUCCCCAUAAAGACCACCCACGACUGUCUGGAGCCCCCAUGGAGAGCAGGAUGAGCUCCGGAGAGCUGUUCCCCAAGACCCUGAGCGCAGUGUCCAGCAGGAAGAUGGACCCUUACCGCGUGGCACCGGGAGUCGAGCCCCUGUCGUCCAGCUGCUAUGAAACAGGCGAGCCCGAUCCGGCUAGAGGAGGCGGCGGAGGAGGCGGAAGAGGAGGAGGUGGCGGACCUUUGGGCUUACCGACCGGCUCCUUGUGCGCGCGCUACGGAGAUGGCAGCGCGAGCCGGACGCCGGCCGCCGAAAGCAGCGGGGGCGAGCAAAGUCCGGACGACGACAGCGACGGCCGCUGCGACCUGAUGUCCCGCGCGCCCUCGUGCGCCUCCUCCGCUAUCGCCGCUUCGUCCGGCGCGCAGACCAAGACGGCCGAAGGGGGCAAGAAGAACCGCGAGCAGAAGAUGCUGCGCCUGAACAUCAACGCGCGCGAGCGGCGGCGCAUGCACGACUUGAACGACGCGCUGGACGAGCUGCGCGCGGUCAUCCCGUACGCGCACAGCCCGUCCGUGCGCAAGCUCUCCAAGAUCGCCACGCUGCUGCUCGCCAAGAACUACAUCCUCAUGCAGGCGCAGGCGCUGGAGGAGAUGAGGAGGCUCGUGGCGUACCUUAACCAGGGCCAGCCCAUGCCGGCCGCCCCUCUGCCUCCAUCCGCUGCGGCCGCGGCGGCAGCCGCCGCAGCUGCCCUCGCUCCGGGCCUGGGAUACGACCAGCCUCCGGCGUACCCCUUCCCUUCCGGAGCCGCGGCCGCUGCCGCCGCCGCCGCCUCGUCCUGCCCCGACAAGUGUGCCCUCUUCAACACGUCCAGCCUGUGCAAACAGUGCACGGACAAGCCUUAAAAAUAGCCCCACGGACGGAGCGGCUAGCGCCUGACUCGAGUUUGCAAGCGUGUGGCUGCAACUCCUUACUCUCAGAUCUUACCAGUCGGCUGCAAUUUCCAGUGCUAUGAAUGGAAGUCAAUGGAAGUGGGAAAGAAUGCUAAUGAAACUUUUUUCCGAAUGAUUCCAUUCCUAGCAGUUUUUUCUCUCUCUCUUGGUUCGGUGUAUAUAAAGAAGCCUGUAAGUGCUGGUGAGAGUGAGUCUAAGACCAAAUGAAGUCUAUGAAUGCUGAGAAAUGGACUAUAUGGCGAAUCUAUAUGGACCCUUACAGACUGACAGCCAUUGACCUGGCAACAUGCAAACCAUAUCCUUUGCCACACUUUGUUUUUGGCACACAUUCUAGCUGCUGUUUCUAUUGAAGUGGAUGUGGCAAAUGGACUUUUCAAUGACCAUUGUCACAGAAGCUAGUCGUCUGAAUGCACUGAGAGUAGAAGGUGGAAAAGUUCACUUUGCUUUGGAGUCAUUUUAAGGUCUGUGAAUGGAGUUCAUUUGGUCUACAUGCGAGAUUUCAUUCUGCACAGUCUUUGCUGUAAAUUUUAGCCUUAUUUGAUUUGAUUUAUUUUGAUUUGUGUUUAAAUUUAUCAUUGUUAUUUUAAUCCCCAGUCAGGCUGUGGAUGAGGUUUCUGCUUUUUUAGCUUGUUGUCAGGUCAAGAUGGUGAGCAGUGUAGAUACAUUCGUUCCAGUUUGAGUGCAGAGGGCCAUUUGUAUAUUGUUGAUGUACUGGACAAAGCUUUAUUAAAAUAUUUUGAUCAAGCUUACAACCUUCGCCUGGUCGUGUGCUGAGUUUGGAGGGACUCGAGGCGGUUGGGUGAGCUGUGAUGAAGAAUUUGUUGCCUUUAGAAAGUCUUUGACAAAGAUGCUGAACGAUUUAACACACUUGGUCUUCAAGUCACUGGGUUAUUACCUUUAUUUUAAGGCUUCCUUCUGUCCUCAGAGAGACAACAUCUCUGGUCCGUGCCUUAAAACGGACACUGAGAAGUUCCAUUUUAUGGAUUAUAAUAAUACAGUCAUAAUCCAGUAGAUCAUAAUCCAGUCACAAUCUUCUGAAUCAGAACGACACUGAGAGCUCCAGAAAAAGGAGGAAGGCCACUGGUGCUCGCGGUGGGCAGCGGCGUGAGAGUGCUGUGGUUUUACGCAGCGAGGCGACCCCUGAUUACGGCGCUCGAGACAAUUUCCAUGACGGUGUGUAACGUGUUCAUUUGAAAACAACCGUGUUCGAAACCUGAGGACUGCCGUGCGCGCGCAGCCUUAAUGAAAUACGUCGUUAAGGCAAUUAAACCUUGCGGAUGUGAUUAAGGAAGAUAAUUACGAGGCUGUUCAUGGCUGUAAUUGGGGCUCUUUAAUCACCUUUGCAUUGUUCUGUCUCUGCUGUCCAUCAAUGGAACUGAAGCAGAAAGAUCUGAACUUACACAUGAUCUCAAAAAAAAAAACGAAAAAAAAACCCCGAAAUAUUCCUGUAUUAU